GACGAAGCGGGCGAGGCACUGCAAGAGUCGCCCUAACCCUCCUCAGUGACAAGCCGGCGCCUCCCUCGUAAGGCAGUACCGGGCUACCCCUCACAAGCACACACGCCCUUCUCUACCUCGAGUUCACCAGCAUGCGUGAGUGUAUCAGCGUUCAUGUGGGCCAGGCCGGCGUACAGAUCGGUAACGCCUGCUGGGAACUAUACUGCCUCGAGCACGGCAUCCAGCCGGACGGGUCAAUGCCCUCCGAUAAGCUGGCAGGCCACCACGAUGACUCCUUCAGCACCUUCUUCAGCGAGUCUGGGGCAGGGAACCAUGUGCCGCGAGCAGUGUUUGUCGACCUUGAGCCCACGGUAAUAGACGAGGUACGGACGGGAACGUAUCGCAAGCUUUUCCACCCCGAGCAGCUCCUGACGGGCAAGGAAGAUGCAGCCAACAACUACGCGCGCGGCCACUACACAAUUGGAAAGGAGCUGAUCGACAUUACCAUGGAGAGAGUGAGGAAGCUUGCCGACCAGUGCUCCGGCCUGCAGGGAUUCCUCAUCUUCCACUCGUUUGGCGGAGGGACAGGCUCUGGCUUCACCUCCCUCAUGAUGGAACGACUCUCCCUCGACUACGGCAAGAAGAGUAAGCUGGAGUUCGCCAUCUACCCGGCCCCUCAGGUGGCUACGGCGGUGGUUGAACCCUACAACUCGAUCCUCACAACCCACACCACACUGGAACACUCUGACUGCGCCUUCAUGGUGGACAACGAGGCCAUCUAUGAUAUAUGCCGCAGGAACCUGGACAUCGAGAGGCCCACCUACACCAACCUGAACCGUCUCAUUGGCCAGAUCGUGUCUUCCAUCACUGCCUCCCUCAGGUUUGACGGGGCGCUGAAUGUGGACCUGACGGAAUUCCAAACUAAUCUGGUGCCCUACCCUCGCAUCCACUUCCCGCUGGUCACCUACGCGCCGGUCGUGUCCAAUGCCAAGGCCAACCACGAGCAGCUGUCUGUAGCAGAGAUCACCAGUGCCUGUUUCGAGCCAGCCAACCAGAUGGUGAAAUGUGACCCUCGCCAUGGUAAGUAUAUGGCCUGCUGCCUGCUGUACCGUGGCGACGUGGUGCCCAAGGACGUGAACUGUGCCAUCGCCACUAUCAAGACGAAGAGGUCCAUCCAGUUCGUUGACUGGUGUCCUACAGGCUUCAAGGUGGGCAUCAACUACCAGGCGCCCACGGUGGUGCCCGGCGGGGACCUGGCCAAGGUGAACCGCGCCGUGUGCAUGCUGUCCAACACCACGGCCAUUGGCGAGGCGUGGGCCAGGCUCGAUCACAAGUUUGAUCUCAUGUACGCCAAACGGGCCUUCGUGCACUGGUACGUGGGCGAAGGCAUGGAAGAGGGCGAGUUCUCCGAGGCCCGCGAGGAUUUGGCGGCGCUUGAGAAGGACUACGAGGAGGUUGGUCUCGAUUCAACCGACGAGGCCGAGGAGGAGCCGGAAGAGUUUUAACGAGUCGAUUUCAUGCUAGCGCCUAAGAAACUCAGAAUGAGGCAGUAAAUGGCUUACCUCUCAUAA